AUGGAAAAAGGGAAGGCACAUGGAACACCUAUGAGCCCAUCCACAAGCAUUGAUUUAGACUUAUCUAGAAAAGACAUUGAUGAAAAAAUGUACAGAGGAAUCAGAUCUUUACUCUACCUGACUGCAAGUCGACCAGACAUUAUGUUUAGUGUGUGUAAAUAUGCUAGUUUCCAGUCGACUUCCAAGGAUUCUCAUCUAACUGAUGGCAAACGAUUCAUCCGAGACCUUAUAGAAACUCAAGACUUUGGUCUAUGGUAUCCCUGCUCCUCACAUUUUGAUCUAGUUGGUUGUUCAGAUGCUAAUUUUGCAGGAGAUAAAAAUGAUAGAAUAAGCACUAAUGGAAUAUGUCUGAUUCUUGGUGAUGCCCUUAUCUCAUGGCAUAGCAAGAAGCAAACUUUAGUUGCUCUCUCAACCAUUGAAGCUGAAUACAUAGCUGUCAGAAGUUGUGGCACUCAAAUCUUAUGGAUUGUGCAUAAACGUCUUGAUUUUGACUUAUCUUUUGAAUUUGCUCCUAUUAUGUGUGAUAGCACAA